GUGGCGCGCUCCUGAAGCGUAGCGGUCGCUAUGGAGCUGUUGGGCGAGUACAUCGGACUGGAAGGGCAGCGACAGCAGCUGCGGGUGCCUUCUGAGGUGCCGGGCAUCACCGACCCUUUCCAGAGCUUGUUGUCUGGUGUGGCUCAGAUGAGGGAGCUGGUGACUGAGCUCUUUGGCUCUCAGGUACAGCCGGAAGCACAAGACUGGGGGACGGCGGCUCCCGACGAGGCCUUGGAUGGUGAUGAUGAAGAUGAUUCAGAAGAUGAAAAUAACACUGAUAACAGAACUAAUUCAGAUGGACCAUCUGCAAAACGGCAAAAACCAUCUUAACU